UUGUAUAUUCUUCGACAGAAAGUCUUUCUCAUAUUUGCCUUUCUGUGGGGAAAAGAAAGCCUCUCCAGGAGUUUGUCUAGUAUUUUGGAAAUAUUGGCACUGAGUAUUCUCAGAACUAUUUAUUGAAGACUUGAGUGGAAGGUGAAGUUGAAAAUCGGAGGACAAAGGUGCAAUGAUUAAAUCAAUGACAAGUUCCAUUAAGAUAAUCUUACAUAAGUCUAAGAUCUUGUUGUCAUAUAUGAAUGUUAAGACAGUAUUUUGGCUUACUAAAAGUCCUGGAGAGCUUGUUUAAUAUUGCUGCAGCACCCUGGUAAGAAGUAAAAUAUCCUCGCAAUUCAUUUUACGAUUUCUAAUUAAACAUGAAAAAGUGGAUGACUUGUUUUUUUGCAUUAUAGUACAGAAAGGCUUUUGACAAAGCUGAGAGUGCAAAGAGGACAGAGAGCAUGGAGCUCCAAAAGGCUGUGGGGGAAGUAGAGAUGAGUCAACUUAAACAACGGGUCCAGGAACAAGAGGCUUUGCUAGCUGAAAGACAAGCAGAGCUGGAAAAGUUGGAGGGAGAAGUAGAAACUCAACAGAAGACAAUUGAUGAUCUAACCUGUCAGAAAUCACAGCUCGAGCAGGACGUUCAUCAGUACUGCACCAAGUUAGAAAUAGCAGUAAAAGACAAAGUUGUCAGUGAGCAGGAAUUAAGUCACACAAAACAGUUAAUUGAGCAGUCAGAAGCCAAGUGGUCUUUGGCUCAGAGGAAACUAGAGGAUGUCUUAAAGAAAACAAAUGAUGGCCAAGAUCUUAAGGAACAGAGCCCCAAACUUCAGAGGAAAAUAAAUGUGGAGGAUGGUACUGAGGAACAGCUGCACAGUCAAGUUCACACUAAAGAAAAUGGUCUGGCUCAGCAGCCAUUUGACAGUCAGUCGACAGUCAACAGUGAGCCCCAGUCAUCUGCAGUUAGAGAAAAUGACAGCAUGAUGGUGGAUGUCCUGCAGCAGAAACUAGAGGAACUAGUCUUUGUCCAGACAAGGGCAGAAAUGGCUGAGGAGAAAGCACAAAGCUAUGAAAAACUGCUGGAUGACAGCAACAACAGGCUGAAGAAUCUACAGAUUGACAUGGAAAGUGAGAGGACCAACAUGAGACAGAAAUCAGAGGAUCUCCAGCAGGAAUCACUGAACAUGAAGACAUCUAUCAGUGAACUUCAAGAGGAAAUCAGAUCUCUCCAAAGAGCAAAAUCCUCAUUGGAGCAAAAUGCUUUUUUCCAAAGCACUGAGGUUGAAGGCCUGAAAGAACAGCUGAAGAUCACCCAAGGAGAGCUGCAUAAGAAAAGCUCCACGGAGCAGGAAAAUAUUUACAAGAUUAGCAACUUAGAGGAAGAGUUAGCUUCCAAGCAGGCAGUAAUAGAUCAGCUGAAUUUUAAAUGCAAUGAGCUGACAAGGAUAAAUGUCUCCUCUGACAGUGAUGUUAGAGGUCUGCAGAUCCAAAUGGAGUCACUGGGAAAAGAGAGAACAUCUUCUGAGCAAAAGAUCAAGUCUUUAAGGAGUGAGAUAGAGAGCUGGCAACAGCAGCUUCAAUCAGCUAAGGAAGAAAACAACUUAAUGAAGAGAUCCGAGCAAGCGUUGCAGCUCAAAUGCAGAAGCGUCGAAGCAGAACUUCAAAAAAGUGAGUUAGUUACUUCUCAGUUGCAGAAACAGAUAGAUGAGUUAAAGCAGAUAAAUAUGGAGAUGGAGAAGAAUCUGAAGAACGUAAGAGCUAAACUCGAUCAGGUGACGAUGGAAAUUGACAGCAAGGAUCAGCAAAUUCAAAUCUUCAAGUCUCAGGUGGAAGGUACCAAAUCACAGGUUAGAAUUAUUGAGGAGGAACUAAAUAAGAAAUCCCAGACCUCCCACGAGCUUCAAAUGAAGCUGCAGGAUUACAGUGAGGAGGUAAGAAAAAUGACUGAGCUGCAGCACAAAAUCAAUACACUCAGUUCAAAUAUUGCCAUUUAUGAGAAAGAAAUACUAACUGUUAAAUCAGAGCUGAAGACAGUGCUGGUCGAGAGAAAUUCUGCAAAUGAAAAGAUCCACAUGCAAAAUGCAGAAAUUAAUGAUUUAAAUGUGAAGCUAAAGAAGAAAAAUGCAGAGCUUCAACAAGAAUCUGCUGAGAAUCAAAAACAUCUCAAUGAAGUCAAGGCCUUAGAGGAUGAGCUUUUCAAACACAAGCACAGUAUUAAAGGGUUAACUAGCAGCUCAGAGAAAAUUGCAGAAAACUUAAAGCAUGAGCUUUAUGCUCUUCAGAGCGACAAGAAUACAACAGAAAGGAAAGUAGAGACCUUGAAUGCUAAACUUUCAGAGUUCAGCUCUACCCUUCAAAGAACUAAAGACGAAUUGUUGAAAGAGACCAAAGAAAGAACAGCCAAAGAAUCAAAAAUAUUGCAGCUGGAGGCUGAGCUUCAGAAAAAUAAGGUGACAAUGAAAGAACUCCUGUCGAGUACUGACAAAUCCCGAUCAAAUCUACAACAUGAAAACAUGAUUGUCAAGAGGGAGAAAGCCGAGGCACUAGAGAAGAGCAUUUUGUUGGGAUCUGAAGUGAGAAUGCUGAAAGAAAAGCUGCAACGGGCCCAAAUAGAAGCUGAACAAAAGCAAAAAGAAAACAGUGUCCUUCAGCUGAAGUCCCAGCAGAUGGAGGAACAACUUGAGAAGUGCAAGAAAAUGCUAGAGGAGUUGAAAAGUAAACUAGAACUUCAGAAAGAGGGCUAUGAGAGGCAGUUGCUGCUAGUCCAGGCUGAAAUAGAGAAAAAGCUCAUUUUACUUCAAUCUGAAAUCUCAAGUGAAAGUGAGAAGUCAAACCAGCCUUCACGUAGCACAGAAUUAGCAGAGAUGUUUAACAAGUAUUUCAGAGAAGACGCCAAACACGUUAAAACAGUGCAUCAAACCACCGUGGAAACAAAGCAGCAAGCGGCCCAACAACUGCAGAUCAAAUACGACACACUGCAGCAAGAAAGGGCGAAGCUUGGACAUGACCUCUCACAGGCCAAAUCCCAGAUUGCCCAGCUUGAGGAAGACAAACUCAAACUCACCUCAAAAAUAAGUCUUUGCAACGAACAGCAGAAUGAGUCAGCAAAGUUUCAGCAGCUGUUGACUGACAGUGAGUGGAAACUGGCACUGAAGGACGAUGAGGCGAGAUCUCUUCGGGAACAAAUAGAGUCGUACGUCAAAGAGGUAAAAAGUCUUCAGGAAAAGCUUUUGACGUUCGGGGUCAGGGCGAAGACUGAAAACCAGAGGAUUAAUGAACAGGGAGUAGCUGAAACCGGUCUUCACUAUGUGGAAGACAAUGAGGCUGCUUUGUUGAAGACAGAACACACAGUGAUGCAGAGGACAGUGCCCUCAUAUGAAAGUGCUAAAAGCAACCUGGAGGACGAGAUUCUCAAAAUGAAAGUGUCCUCAGAGAUGUCACCAAUGGGGAAAGAAGUCAGACAAGAUAAAGUGGAAGUCAUUCAAAGCCUCAAUGAUUCACCAGCAAAGAAAGCUUUGAAUAGCUCCGCUUAUCAAACUCAUAAUGUCCUACAAAAAGACGUGCAAAACGUGACCAAUAAGAGCCAAAUCAAACCUAAUGAGUCCAUGACUGUGACGACACGUGGCUACCUGGCUCUGUGUGGACUAACAGGCACACAAAGCGCCACCAAGACAAGAACUUAUCAGAUCAAUGAACUUUAUGAAACUGUAAACACAUCAGACCAAAAAACAACAGACAGUGAAAGAAAACUGAGUGAGUUAUAUUCAACUUCCCAAAAGCUCCCAGAACACAAGGGCAACGCAAGUGUUCAAAACUCGAUCAAAUUCAAGUUCUUGGAUGAAGAGGUUCUGCGUAAGUUGGAGAUUGGCCUUAUCCCAGUCGAAGAGGCGCAAGCAUCGCUUGCUCAGUGCGUCGCCAAACCAACAACUAUUGCUGGAGUUUAUGUGGAGUCGAGUAAGAAAAAGAUGUCCUUCCUAGAAGCUGCUGAGAAGGGCUUCUUAGCAAAGACCUACGCUCUUGAGUUUCUGGAGGCUCAGGCUGCCACGGGAAGCCUUACAGACCUGGCCACAGGGCAAACACACUCAGUUGCUGAGGCUCUGGAGAGAGGCAUCAUAGAGACAGGCCUGAAAGAUAAACUGACGGAGGCUCAGAAAGCCAUCAGUGGCUACAUCCAUGCCGGCAAAAAGCUGUCGGUGUUUCAGGCAAUGGAGGAACGGAUUCUCGAUAGAUACAAAGGAAAGAAGAUCCUUGAGGUCCAGAUAGCCACCGGAGGACUGAUCAACCCAGAGAAAGGUGUCAGGGUGCCGAUUAGCGUUGCUCUUGAUCAGGGUCUAAUGAACUACGAGACACUCCAGAAUCUAUACGAUCCAGUCAGUAACCCCAAAGGUUUCCACAACCCUGACACUGGACAGAAAGUAUACUACUCUGAAAUACUGAAGACGUGCCUAUAUGACAUCGAUGGCGGUGUGUUUCUCUUCCCUUUUGGUGAGAGACAUCUGACAAACACCUCUCCCACGAGUUCUCAUAGAGCGUCUGUUGUCAUCAGCAGCUGUGGCACGGAAAUGUCGGCGUAUGAAGCAUUCAAGGGGAGACACAUUGACAAGAGGACGUAUCUGUUUCUGUCACAACAGGAAAGCGAAUGGCAGGAAAAGUUCGUAGUUGACGCCAAUGGCAGCCCUCUUCACGUCAUUACUGACGUUAAAAGUGGUCGACAGCUUUGUCUGGAGUCCGCUCUGAGUCAGAGGUUCCUUGAAAUGUCUGAGCUUGAAAGCUAUCGCAGCGGGCUUCUUAGCAUCUACGAGAUUGCGGACAUCAUAUUUUCAAGAAUGGUUGUUGUGGAUGAUGUUAACAGCCCCAUCGCUGGUCUCUGGGACGUCACUCAGAGGAAGAGGCUGUCAGUUCUUCAGGGUUUUCAACAGGGCUUCACUGAUAGAGCCACCGCCCUACGGUUGCUGGAAGCCCAGGCCUGCACUGGAGGGAUUUGCGACCCCUCUUCAGGGGAGAAAGUUACUCUCUCUGAGGCUCUUAAAAGGGGUCUUUUAGAUGAGUCACUGAAUCAGCAGCUCCAGCUGUUUGAGCAGGCUUUUAAUGGCAUUGUUCACCCCAAGACUUCAAAGCUGCUGUCUGUUUCCCAGGCCGUCCAGGAAAAUCUCCUCCCGAAAGAUGCCAGCUAUCGCUGUAUCGAAUUCCAGCUCCUCACUGGAGGGCUGAUAAACCCUGACACCCAUGAUAGAGUCUCGCUUGAAGAAGUCAUUCAGAGCGGCCUGGUUGACAAAGCUACUGCCUCCGCACUCAGAGAUGAGAAGUUCCACACAAAAAGCCUCACCUGUCCAAAGACCAAGAGAAGAAUCACGUUCAGGGAGGCACUAGAGAGAAGUGUGUACGACUGCCACACGGGCUUAAGGUUACUGGAGGCUUCAAAAAGUCAUGGUUAUGGAGCCAAAUCUACAUUUCAUUACGUUUGGGCAUAUAAUCAAUAAACAUUCGUAAAUACAUGCAUAUCCAUGGCAUAAAAGCAUAACCUCUAAGUAGGAUUUCCUUUGGUUUGGCUGUGAAGUUAGCUUGACUUCACUAUUGAAUGUUCUUUCUUGGUUUACGCACAUAUUUUAAUACAAGGGUUGAUGCAACUGACAAUUAUUCUCGAGCUUUGGUGUUUUUAUAAUGAUUAUAAAUGAAUUUUGGGUUUUCCCUUUUUUUUGUUUCCUGUUUUGUAAUGAACUUAAUCUGUUUGAAUUCUAGAGAUCUGUUGAUGAGGAGAAGAGAGAGCAUGGUGAUAAAGUUAGCAAACUGUUACACUGGA